AUGGCAUCCGCAAAUCCAAUGCCUUUGCAACGCGCUCCUCGCUCCAACCCCGAUCAUGGGCCUAGUAACGAUGUUGCCUCGUUCAAAAAGGUCCUUGCCUCCUCCACUCGAGUUCUCGCUCUUUGCGGUGCGGGUCUUGGCGCUUCAUCUGGUCUUGACACUUUCAGAGGUCCAGGUGGCAUGUGGAGAAAUUAUCGCUCGCAAAAUCUUGCUACCCUGGAUGCUUUCACCAGAGAUCCGGGUUUGGUUUGGUUGUUUUAUUCGUAUAGACGCCAUAAGGCCUUUGCUGCGGAACCGAAUAAGGGACAUUUUGCGCUGGCAGAGUUGGCGAAGAGAAUGAAGAAGGAUGGAGAAGAGGGAUUUGUGUGUUUGACGCAGAAUGUUGAUGGUCUGGCUCAACGUGCGGGUCAUCCAGAAGGCUCCCUCAAACUUCUUCACGGCUGUCUUUGUGACAUUAAAUGUGCCGAUCCAGUUUGUUCUUACCGUGAACGCAACAAUUUCGACGACCCUUUCCAUCCAUCUAUCGCAAUCACCAGCGAAGAUGAUAUCAAAAUUCUUCCCGCAGCUACGGAAACGGUAAGACCUUACAUGCCCCUAACACUCAGCCCUGCAAUGUUGUCCCGAGUUGGCCCGGAAGUCCAACAAGCCAUGAUCACUUACCUUGACCCAAACAAACAAACAACUACAAUCAAGAAAGAGGAACUUCCUCAUUGUCCCCAAUGCACCACUGCUCUCUUGCGUCCGGAUAUUGUAUGGUUUGGAGAAGCUCUCCCAGAAGAUACUCUAGAUGAAGUAGAUCGAUGGAUUGACAAAGCACCUGUUGAUCUUAUCUUGGUCGUUGGAACAACGGCAAAAGUGUAUCCGGCAGCAGGAUAUGUAGAUGUUGCGAGGGACGCGGGCGCAAGAGUUGCAGUGAUCAAUAUGGAUGCGGAUGGAUUGGGUAGUGCGGGUGGGUUGGACAAGGAUGAUUGGUUGUUUUUGGGUGAUGCGGGUGCGAUUUUGGACGAGAUUUUGAGUCCUUUGAAUGAUGGGGAAGAAAAGGGAAAUGUCCACGAGAAAUCUUGA